AUGGCAAAAUUGGUUCAUAAUGUACAGAAAAAACAGCAUCGAGAAAGAUCGCAGAAGCAGAGUCGGGCAAGAUAUGGGUUGUUAGAGAAAAAGAAGGAUUAUAGAUUACGUGCUGCUGAUUAUCAUAAAAAGCAAGCAGCAUUAAAAGCGUUAAAGGAAAAGGCAAAAUCACAUAACCCUGAUGAGUACUACCAUGCUAUGACUCGAAAAAAGACGGAUGACAAAGGAAUUCUUAUAUCCGAUAGAGAUAGUGAAGUUUUGUCCGUUGAACAGGCCAAAUUGUUGAAAACACAGGAUGUUAAUUACAUACGAACAAUGCGUUUGAAUGAACUAAAAAAGAUAGAAAAGGAAAAAGAAGGUAAACUUUUUGGAGCACUGGGGAAGCAUACUGUAUUUGUGGAUUCAAUAGAGGAGCAAGAAUCAUUUAGUCCUGAGGAGUUUUUUGACACAGAUGCGGCCUUGUUGGAUAACAGAGAAAACAGAGUUCGCAUGAAUCAACUAUACGACAAUUCAGGACUUUUGAAACUGAAUGAUAUCGAUAUCGAUACCAAGAACAGAUUAGACUUGAAAAAAUUGAAGCAAUACAAACUUUUGCAGAGAAGGAUGAAAAAGGAAAAAGAGUUGAAAGAAGUAGAGUCUAUAAUGAGCAGAAACUUGGAGAAAAUGAAGAAAGGAAACAAAAAGAAGAUCGUCGACUCAAAUGGGAAAGUACAUUUCAAAUGGAAGAACCAGAGGAAACGCUGA